AUGGAGGACAUCCGAACCGUUACAAAACUUAUGACUAAAGGUUGUUUUAUGUCCACGGUGGACCUCAAAGACGCUUACUUUUUAGUGCCUAUUAGUGAAAAAAGUAAAAAGUUUUUGAGAUUCAAACUUCUAGAAAAUACUUACGAAUUUCAAUGUUUACCCUUUGGCUUGUCCCUGGCACCGUUGAUUUUCACAAAACUUCUAAAACCCGUCGUAUCUACGCUGAGACGUAAGGGUCUAAUACUAGCGACAUACCUCGAUGAUAUAAUUUGUAUAGGUCAUUCUUAUGACGAUUGCCUGAUGUGCGUCACAGAAAGUGUUGACUUACUAAAAUAUUUAGGCUUUGUUAUAAAUUACAAAAAGAUUAAUUUAAUACCAAGUCAACUUCAGACCUACUUAGGGUUUGAACUUGACUCAAAAAACAUGUGUCUAAGGCUACCAAACACCAAACGUCUAAAAAUUCUUAAGUAUAUCAAAGACGUGUCUGUGCAAAACACCGUUUCUAUCAGAGAUUUUGCUAGACUUUUAGGGAUACUAGGCUCUGCUUGCCCAGCUAUUGCUUACGAAUGGGUAUACACAAAACGCUUGGAGCGUGAAAAAUUUUUAGCACUUAGAGAGGCUAAGGAAAAUUAUGACUCUCUCAUGCAAAUACGUUCUCAUGUCCAACCAGAUUUGUCUUGGUGGAUUCAGCAUAUUAUGACGUCAUAUAAUCAUAUUCGCGACGAAAAGUAUGCUCUCGAAAUUUAUUCAGACGCUUCGUUAUCAGGCUGGGGCGCAUCUUGCGAAGGGGAAAAAACAGGAGGUUUCUGGGACACCCAAGAGGCCAUGAGUCAUAUCAAUUACUUAGAAUUACUAGCUGCUUUUAAUGCAUUAAAAUGUUUUGCAAAAAAGCUUCAAAAAAAGCAAAUAUUGUUGCGCAUAGAUAAUACAACUGCUUUAUCCUAUAUAAAUAGAUAUGGUGGAGUACAAUAUGUUCACCUUAAUGAAAUAGCGUUUCAUAUUUGGCAAUGGUGUGAAGAACGACAGUUGUACGUGUAUGCGUCUUAUAUCAAGUCAAAAGAUAAUGUAGAGGCCGAUGAGGAGUCCCGUCGCUCGAACAUUGACACAGAAUGGGAUCUGUCACCAGCGGCGUUUGACAGAAUCAUAAGCAACUUCGGCUAUCCGCAAGUCGAUUUAUUCGCAACACGUAUCAAUGCUAAAUGCAAAAAAUACGUUUCUUGGAAACGAGACCCAGAAGCAUUUGAUAUCGACGCAUUCACGCUUGACUGGAGUUCCUUUUUCUUCUAUGCGUUUCCGCCUUUCUCGCUUAUUCUCAAAAGUCUUCGAAAAAUUAUUAACGAAGAAGCCACUGCAUUCUUAACGUUACAAUUCAAAACUGGCGCUAGUUACUCCACCUUAAACACAAUUAAAUCAGCGCUUUCUCUGAUUUUGGGCAAAAAAUUCAGCAAAGACGAAAGAGUAUCUAGGUUUCUUAAAGGAGCUUUUAAAGCAAAACCAUCUUUACCUAGAUACCAAUCUACGUGGAACCCUAACAUAAUCUUAGAAUUCUUAGCUAAUUGGUAUCCAAAUCGAAACUUGCCAACAGACAAGAUCUCGAAAAAAUUAGUAGCUCUGCUCGCAUUGUCAACUGCACAACGUGUCCAGACGCUAUCGCUGAUUCGGUUACCCAAUAUCAGAGUAAACGAUGAUAACGUAGAGAUAACUAUUACAGACCAAAUAAAAACCUCUGCUCCGGGCCGCCCCAUGCAGAGGCUUUUUAUUCCAUUCUUCCCCGAAAAGGAAGAAAUCUGCCCGGCAAGAGCAUUGACAUCGUAUAUAGAAAUAACCCGAAAAUUUCGCCAUUACCCAAAUACCGAAAAAUUAAUUUUGACUUUCAAAAAACCCAUACAUAAUGCUCUAGCUCUUCAACAAUUAGCCGCUGGAUUAAAUCUGUGCUUGCUGAAAGCGGUAUUGACAUUACAGUUUUUUCGGCCCAUAGCACCCGCCAUGCUUCCUUCCGCAGCCAGUCGGAGAGGUCUAUCGGUAGACACUAUAAAAAGAACAGCAGGUUGGUCCGGCAAUUCAUUAACAUUUGCGAAAUUUUAUGAUAGACCGAUAUUGGAAGAAGACAACAAUGCUUUUGCCGACGCAGUAUUUAAUAGUAUUUAA